GAGAGAGGGGCGCGCGCGGCAGCGCUCUUGGAGAGAUCAGAAUCAUUCCCAUCACUCUCCGGCGGCCGGUCACACCCGUUGUCACAUCGCAGAACUGCCAGGCUGAAUGUUGCACAACAAAGGAUGACGCUGGCAAGCACGAGAAAAGCGGAAAGGAGUCAUAAAAGACCCGAGGACCGCGUCAACACAGACUCCCCGUGGAAGAGCGCACAGAAAAGAAAAUUUCAUGAAGAAACUGUUAACUUGAAGAAGAAAAGCAAAGAAAAGCUGGYAAAUUCUCCCCACUCUACAAACUAGAAUGACGACUCUCGGUUCAUCUGAUGCAGAAUUCUGUGAACUUGGCAUUUUGGGGACCCGGAUUUCUGAAGGGAGAUUUUGUYAAACAUUUAUAGCGGUGCUUGCAUGAAAAUGGUGGUUGUGACAAGAAGCCUGAGGAUAACCCAGUCAGUGGGAGAGCUGGUGCCGAGACAGUUCAGUUCUCCGCCAGUGACGGCGUCCAUCUAAAGCUCCCGACAGAGGCGCAGCUGCUGCAGGGCUGGGGAUGUGAUGGGGUGACUGCUGACAUCCCCUUUCACCCACCCCCCUUCUCUCGCUUUACAAGCAGGGCACUAAAAACAAUGGAUGCAAAUUUCUCAACCGUACGAGAUGGCAAGCAGCUCACGCCGGAGCGAGACUCAUCCAAACGCGUUCUGACAGGAUGCUUUCUCUCCCUGCUCAUCUUCACCACGCUGUUGGGCAACACCCUCGUGUGCGUCGCCGUCACCAAGUUUCGACACCUGAGGUCGAAGGUCACGAACCUGUUCGUCAUCUCUUUGGCUAUCUCUGACCUUCUGGUCGCGAUUUUGGUAAUGCCAUGGAAGGCGGCCAUGGAGAUUGUGGGGUUUUGGCCGUUCGGAGCUUUCUGCAAUGUCUGGGUUGCGUUUGACAUCAUGUGUUCCACUGCCUCCAUCUUGAACCUGUGUGUCAUCAGUGUCGAUCGUUACUGGGCCAUCUCCAGCCCGUUCCGUUACGAACGGAAGAUGACCCCGAAAGUGGCGUGUCUGAUGAUCAGUGUGGCGUGGACCCUCUCUCUGCUCAUCUCCUUCAUCCCAGUUCAGCUUAACUGGCAUAAAGCUGAAACCACCAGCUACACAGAGCUCAACGGCACCAGUGACCUGCCCCCCGACGACAACUGUGACUUCAGUCUUAACAGAACCUACGCCAUCUCCUCCUCCUUCAUCAGCUUCUACAUCCCUGUGGCGAUCAUGCUCGUCACCUACACCCGGAUCUACCGCAUCGCUCAGAAACAGAUCCGGAGAAUCUCKGCCCUGGAGCGAGCGGCGGAGAGUGCCAAAAACCGCCACAGCAGCAUGGGGAACAGUUCGAACAUGGACAGCGAGAGCUCCUUUAAAAUGUCGUUCAAGCGAGAAACCAAGGUGUUGAAGACACUCUCGGUKAUCAUGGGUGUGUUUGUGUGCUGCUGGUUGCCCUUCUUCAUCCUGAACUGCAUGGUUCCGUUCUGCGAGGUCAACCUGCCAGACGGGUCCACGGAGUUCCCCUGCAUCAGCUCCACCACCUUCGAUGUGUUUGUGUGGUUCGGCUGGGCGAACUCCUCCCUCAACCCCAUCAUCUAUGCCUUCAACGCAGACUUCCGCAAGGCCUUCUCCAUCCUCCUGGGCUGCCACCGGCUCUGCCCGGGGAGCAACGCCAUCGAGAUCGUCAGUAUUAACAACAACAUGGGCGCCCCCGCCUCCAACCCCAACUCUCAGUAUCAGCCCAAGAGCCASAUCCCGAAGGAGGGCAACAACUCGGGAGGUUACGUGAUCCCCCACAGCAUCCUGUGUCAGGAGGAGGAGUUACAGAAGAAAGACGGAUGCAGAGGGGGGGUGAUGGAMGUCGAAACGGGCAACAACACUCUAGAGAAACCCUCCCCAGCCAUUUCUGGGAAUUUGGACAGCGACACUGAGGUCACUCUGGAAAAGAUCAAUCCCAUGACUCAGAACGGGCAGCAUAAAACUGUGACAUGUUGAGAAAAUGUUUGGCAAAGAUGGAUAAAAAAAUACGAAACUGCGAAGAGCUGAAAGAAAAGCCCACAUGGGAGAAUGGUAUGAAGAAAUAUUAAAAACAUUUCUGAGAAUAUAACAAAAAUAUAACCAAGUGACAGGACUAAGACUGUCAGCAAAAAUACGAGGAAAAACAAAACAAACAAACAAACAAAAAAAAACCCUACAGAAUGUUUUCAAGUAAAGGCACUUUAUUCUGGAUAUAACUAUCUGCAAAAUACUUUCAGCAUUUAUUGAUGAAAUUAUACAUUUGAUGAUAAAUGUUGAAAACAUGUACAUUAAAGCAGAAAAACAAUGCAUUUGUAUACAUUUUUACAUGUUUUCAAAGAUGUAUACUCCUGCAUGUGUAUAAUCUACGGUAAUGUCACUAUUCUGUAAGAGAAUAUAUUCAAAGAAGAAAGAAAAUGUAGUGUUAGUAAAAUAUCAUAUAGGUAGGAGCUUUGUAUGUGUUUCAUGAAGGAGAGAACAAUGGGGGUAAGUUAUUGCAGUAAAAUAAGUUACUUAUUGCAGUUAUUUGAAAUUUGAAACAAUUUUGUUGCAAAAUGAACACCUGUAUUAUAAUUGCAAUUUGUUUGAUUUUUUAAAGAGCAGUGUUCUGAUUCAGGCUAAAUGAAGCAGGGGUUAAAUAUUUCUUAGAUUAUAUAAAAGUCAAAUGUGAGGUCCAACUUUAAGUGGAAAAGAGAAAGGCGUGGAAGUGGAAAAAUGACUGUUGUGGUUGAAUUUCCGUUCCCCGUAUCCUGUUUCUCUUCGAUCCUCGGCAAGCCAGGGCCGAACACUUUGUCUCAUCUGAAUUUCCCCCCAUUUUUUGACRUUGUUGCCUUCUUUUUUUCUUUUUAAUCAACUUUGUCUCCAUCUCUGCUGCAUUUUAGUAAAGCAAUUCAUUUGCGUCUCAUCUA